UUAAUAUAUAUUAACACAUAAACAGAUAAACGAAACUCCUACAUAAUCUGUGAAUCUUCUUUCCAUGUUUCUCUGUUAUCAUCCUUUUUGUUCCCUUCUAAUGAAAAACCUUCUGCUAAUCCAUUUUUAAAAUAAGUAAUAACACUUCUAAACCUAUACUAAGAAAAUUUUCUUCUAAGUUUUCUUUAAUAUGACAAACGAAGCAGCUUUGAGAUCAUCAAUGGUAGGUCUUGCAUUGGUGAUGGUGUUGGUAUGGUUAUGGACACAGUCUUUAAAGAAGACGGUUAUUACUUAUGCGAUCGGUGUUUCUUUGAUCGCUGGCAUAGUCUUACCUGACUGGGACUUCUUUGAUCGGAGUUUCUCCCGCUGGACCUACCCUGUUACGGCCGAGGAAAGAGCCGCCGCUCUCUCCCGCAAAUCACAAUCUUCAAGCAGGUUUAGAGUGUACCCUAUGCGGAUGGUUGUAUACGUAGCGGUGUACGGAUAUGCAGUGUAUAGGUGGUGGAUGUUCGUGACGAAAUGAAGCCAUUUUGUUCCAUCUUUCUGUAUGUUCUGUGUUGAUUAGCAUAUUAUGUUAGCGGUGUUCCUUUAAAUAAAAAUUAUUUUGAAUUCUGAAUGA